AUGCAAGCCAACCCGGCUGCCCCGGCGGGCGGGCGGGCGGGCUGCUCUGUGAAGCGCCGCCCCGUCCAAGCCCAGGUGCGGCCACUUGCGCCAAGCUCCCGAUCCAGUGUGCCGCCGCCGUCCCUGGCCUUGCGCGGGCCCUCGGUAGCCAGCCACGGCGACUUCUCACGGGAUGGGCUCGGCUGUGCCCGGCGAGAACUUCCCCGCGGCUGCUUCGAGGGGGCGCCCUUGCCCGCGGAGCCCGUUGCCUUGGCCCGGCGCGGCGGCGGCGGCAGCAGGCCCGGUGACGCAAAUGCCUGGCCUGACUCUUCAGAGGCUGCCUCAUGUCACAGCUCCGUUGCUGUCACUCUUGAGAACAGGGACCUUUGGGUCAAGUUCCACCAAGUGGGCACAGAGAUGAUCAUCACCAAGGCUGGCCGGCGAAUGUUUCCACAGUGCAAGAUCAGAGUUACUGGCCUGGUCCCUUGUGCCAAAUAUCUCAUGUUAGUCGACUUUGUGCCAAUUGACAACUUCAGGUACAAGUGGAACAAGCACCAGUGGGAAGUCGCUGGCAAAGCAGAGCCCCAGCCACCCUGCCGGACGUACGCCCACCCAGACUCCCCUGCACUGGGCAGUCACUGGAUGAGGGAACCAGUUACCUUCCAGAAGCUCAAGUUGACCAACAAUACCUUGGACCAGCAGGGCCACGUCAUCCUUCAUUCCAUGCAUCGCUAUAAACCUCGCUUUCAUGUCAUGCAGGCAGAUGACUUAUUUAAUUGGAGCAUCUUCCAGACCUACAGCUUCCCAGAGACAGUUUUUACUUCUGUCACUGCAUAUCAAAACGAGAAGAUCACAAAACUCAAGAUCUACAACAAUCCAUUUGCUAAGGGUUUCAGAGAACAUGGGAAGAAUUCACGCAGGGAGGGGAGAGCCCAGCAGAGCAGCCCAGGCAGAGGUCUGAAGAGGACAGUGACAGAGGAAUGCAAAUCUAGUCUGCGGGAGCCAGCUCUUGCUAAGGAUGAGCACAUUGAGGUGAUGAAGAAGGACUGCAGCAACCUAAUCAGCACCAGCAGCAGGUGCUCCCCCUGGCACUUGGAUCAGAGCAGCCGCCUUCCCGCCCUCCCGCAGGCAGAGCAAAGAGCCCUGAUGAGCCCAGAACAGCCAGCCCCACUGCCUCCAGCCGCAGCCUGUAGCACCGCCUCUGCCCAAGCUUACAGGCAAGUGCUGCUCACCCUCCCAGCAGAGAAGAAAGGGAGCAGGUUCCAUGAGGCAAGUGAUAAAUCCAUGCAAGUCCCACUUUGUGACACCAUUUCUUUAAGUGAAUUUUGGACCAGAUCAUACCAUCUGGAUUUUUCCAUGGUUCCUGAACAAGACUCCAAACUACUUGAAGGUUUCCACACAAAUCUGCCAUCUGUUUCCACUUCUCUUCCAGCACUGCAGGACUACUCUGGGAUGGUUAGCAAUAUUGCAGACCCCCCUGGCAAACCAGGACCACAGAGGUCAAUGUGCAGCCCAUAUGCUCGGGACCGAGCCCUCAGUCAGUGGAUGGUUCCUACACACAGUGAAUACAGGGCCAUGAGUUCCUCUGCGUUUUCUGCAGACUUCGGUGCACAGAGUUCUGCUGGAAGCCACAUGGGAGACUGGAGCCAAUGCCCCUUGUUCUCUUACGCUUGCUGGUGA